AUUAAAAAUACAAUAAAACGGAUCAAAAGGUUCCAAAAGAGUACUAGUGUCUUCUCUAGACUCUAGCUAAGUCUCUCCAGUUAAUCAUCAUAAGUCACACAUGGAUUCCUCAUCACCAACGCCUCUAAAUUUCUCUUCCAAAAUUCUGCAUAAAGAAUAUCAAUGUGACAAUUCCAUGAACUAUCCCUCCAUGAAAAACCCUUCUAAUUCUCGCAGAACCCCAUCUUUCUCUUCAUCAUCAUCAUCAUCGUUUUCCUCAUGUUCUUCCUCUUUAGGAUCAUCUUCCUCGGAUAUCAAUGAUCAUAAUAUUGACUCUCCUGUUCGGUUUUCCGGGGUGCCAUUUUCUUGGGAACAUUUUCCUGGAAUCCCCAAGAAACAAAAUUCCAAGAAGAAGGAUUCUUGCUCAUCAUCAUCAUCAUCAUCAUCAACAUCUUCUUCUUCUACAUUGAAGCAGCUUCUUCCACUGCCUCCUCCAACAACUCCAACUUCAACAACCAAAAAGUCCACCUUUGAAGACAUUUGGGUAAAGAACAACAACAACAACAACAAUAAGAAGCAUCAUCAUAGUACAAAGCAACCUUUAAUUCAAAGAGAUCCAUUUUUUGCUGCACUUGUUCAGUGUUCCAAGAAUGACGAAGAUGAUGAUCAAGAGUAUUCAAAUGCAAGGUUUUGGAAUAAUGGUGGGAAAGUUACAAGGAGCUUAAGUGACAGGUUUGGGUUUGUAAACCUCUAUACUAAUUGCAAGAGAACUUGUACUGUUUCUGAAUCAAUCAUUUACCUUCCAAGGUCCAGUAGAAGCUCUUAUGAUCUGAUCAAUUCGCGUUCCCGUUGAGUUUAUUCUUAAUUUAAUUGCUCUUUUUCAUUUGUAAGUGAUGGACAAUCUGGCUUAAUUUGUGUUCCUGUUGUUAUAAAAGGGUAUUUCUGAUUGUAAUUUUUAUUUCC